UAGAAUUUUGACUUUUCAGAGUCCAAUCAAAAUAUUUCUUGUAAAUUGUAAUGGCGCCAUUAUUCUGGAAUAGUUUAGCUACAGUUUGAACAACUAAACACUCCAAUAAAAACAACUUUAAUAAAUAACGAUAGAAAGAUUUAUUCUUUGAAAAAAUGUCUAAAGCUUUUAGUACAGCACAUUUUAAUGGAGAAGCUGAUAAUUUUCUCGAUUCUAACUUCACUCGUGAUAUAAAAAAUCGAAUGAAUGUGCCAAAAAAUAUUCAAGUAAAUGGUGAUUUUGCUGAUGAUGAACAUAAUGGCACAAAUGGAACAACCUGGAGUCAAAUAUUAGCAAACGAUAAAUACGAAAUGCACGUACCAGAUAGAAUUCUUGUCGUUGGUCAAGAACAACAUAUUGGGACUAAAUCUCUUCCAAGAGAAAUCACUUUAGAAAAUGCUGUUCUUAAACCAAGUGACACUGGUUUAGUGAGAAUGCAGACUCCACCUAGAGUUUUGACAUUAGACGAUCAUUACUUUCCAAUGAUAGACGAUGAUGAUAUUCCCAUGAAUAAUGAACAUUUGGAAAUGGUAACUGCUACUCCAAAGAUUAAUCGUCAAUAUAAUGACAAUCAAAUUACAAGACACGUAAGAGAACAAACGCCGUUUAAUACAACAUUAGACGUGACUCUUACACCCAGCGAGGAAGUACAACAUUUACGGCGUCAAGUUGGAAAAUUACAUCGACGAAUAAUUGCAGUGGAAUCACAAAUUAUGCAACGUCAACAAAGAGAUAAGAUACUUUAUGCAAUAUCAUUAACAUACUUUUUUCUAAAGGCCCUUUCCUGGUUAACUAGAAAUUAAAAAUUUUCAAAUCCCCAAAUUUUGAAGAAAAAACAAAACUUCAUCAGUAAGAAAACACGCGAUGUAGUCGCGCGCAAGAUAUAUUAUAAAAUUGUCACAAAAAAUUGUGUGUUGAUUGCUCUUUUAAAAAUGAUCAAUCAAUGAAUUUGUUUUUAUAAUACAUUGAAAAUCAGUUCGGAAAGAUUUUUUCGAAAUGGACGUUAAACAAUACAAACAAUUGCACUGUUAAUCUUGUGCUAUAAUAUGCACUUGACAAAACUGUUCUGAUUUUCGUAAAAGAUUCAAUUCAUUAAAUAAUUGUCAAUUUUUUUUUUUUUUUUUUUGAAUAAUUUAUACACAAUUGUGUAAAUGAAUCGAAAUAAUUUAUUUAAUUUUUUUUUUUCAAUUUUCGAUCUAUUAUUUUAAAUAGCAUUUUUUUUUUGGACUUUAUAAGUUCAAAAUUAAAUUUUAACAUAAUAAAAUGCGUAAAAUGAAUUGUAUAAUUUACGUUGGGUAAAAAAUUUUCUUACAAAGUUAAUAAUUUUUUUUUUUUUUUUAAUUUAAAAUUCUCAUUGGAAAAAAUAUUAGAGAAAAAGUAGUAAUCUUGUGAUUUUUCAGAUAAGAGAAAUAAAUUAUUUUUUCUCUAUUUUGUAAGUAUUUGAAUUUUAUUUUGUCAACAUUAUUUUUCUGUAUAAUAUUUUUCAGAGUCUAUAAUUUUUACUACUUUUUUUGUAAUAUUUUUUCUUUUCCAUUUUCUUCUUUUUUUUGGGAGGGGGGGGGGAUAAUAAUAUGAAACUAUUUAACAAAUGUUAAGAGUAAUAUAAAGAAAUUUAAUUGUGCGAAGAGAAUUUAUACACUUAAAUUAAUAAUUAUGCAUUUUAAGCUUUAAAUACUAUAUAUGUCAUCAACGUUUGAUUUAUUAUUUUUACCAAGAGUUGUAGAGUCUUUCUUAAAAAGUACGAUUUUAAUUGAUCGCCUCUCUUUGUACCUUAUUUGAAACAUUAUGCUAUAUAUAUUUUAAUUUUUUUUUCCCUCAUUUUUAGAGUUUAGGUACGAAUCGAAAUUAGAUCGAUGAUUAAUUGUAAAUCUCAAUUUCAAUAUUUACAUUUAAUUUAAAAAAAAAAAAAGAAAAACAAUCUUUUACACUAGUCUAUUUGCGUAAUUUAGUCAUUUUUUACUUUUGGGAAAAAAAGUAACGAUAUUACAUUUUCUUUUUCAAAUAAUAAUAAUAAUAAGUGUAUAGCGUCUAAUUUUGUGAAUAAUUUUUAUUUUUUGUAGAAAUUAACUGUUACUUAAAUUUACUGUAAUUUCCCAUAUUUAUAUAUUAGGUGUAUAAAGGUUGUAAAGAAAAGAGAAAAUUAGUACGUUGUUCAUUUCAAAAGAAAAAAAAAUAGUAUUAUAAUAGUCAAUGAUAUAGUAAUGAAAUUGAGUAAAAUAUAUUAACAAUAACAAAAAAGAAAAUAGUGUAGUGUAUUAAAAAUUACAUUAUUCAUUGAUCAUUCCUAUUAACUAAUAAAUGUGUUUCAUUGAAAGAAGAAAUCAUUUUCUGUUGAAAAAUUAUAUAUUAUCUGUUUUUCUUAUUUGAAAAAGAUUUUCUUCAGCGGGAAUGUUAAAAAGUCUGGAGUUGAAAAGUUUGUUGUAUUUGCCUUAAUAGGCCAUUAAAAAUAUCCUUGUACAUUUAUAAUAUAAUAUAAUUUGUGAUUAUAGGUGGAAAAAUAAAUAUUUAGACAAAUAUUA